CUAACCUAAAACUUGCAUCAAAAAUUCUAAUUAAUUUAUUAUUGAAAUAAUGUCGAUUUCGAGAUCACUUCCACAAAGUAAAGAAGCCCUAUUAAAGUCCUACCGGACGCGAUUAAAAGACGAUGUAAAGAGCAUGUUAGAAAACUUCGAAGAGAUAGUAAAACUUUCCAAAGGCGAACACGACACUCAAUUAUCGAGAAUGACGCAAUGCGAACAAGAUACUUACGAAAUGCACGUACGAGCAGCAAACAUCGUAAGAGCCGGUGAAUCCCUAAUGAAGUUAGUCUCGGACAUUAAACAAUAUCUUAUUUUAAACGAUUUCCCGUCUGUCAACGAAGCUAUUACACACAAUUCGAAGGUUUUUAGGUCGAAACAAGCCGAAUGCGAUCAAAAACUAAUGUCUCUACGAGACGACAUGGCCGCAGAUUUGUACGAUUUAGAAGAGGAAUAUUAUAGCAGUAUUUAUAAAUAAUUAAGCAAUAUUAUAAAUUAGGAAUUAAGGGUAAUAAAUUUACUUGUGAGAUUUG